ACGUCAUUCGCCGAAUUUUGCAAAGACAAAGUUGACUUAGACUUUGGUUUCUCAAACUUCAACAAUGAAGUAAACUAUUAUUUCAAUGCUGCUGGAACUGCUUGGGACCCAGUUAAGUUUACAUGCGAAAAAUUUGAAUGCAAGAGAAUAGAAAGCAGACUUGCAGUCUAUAUGUUGGACCCAGAUAUUUCAAAUGCUUUAGCUGCCAAAUAUAUUGCAGUUCCACUUAUGUUCCCUAUACACCAAAUAUCUGUCAAAGACUUUGCAGGUGAAGUUGGAAACCAAAAUCCAGGAGCCGCAGGUGCAAGAACAGAUAUUGCUUUAACAACUGCAAUGAAACAUGCAGAUACUAUGUUUGUACUGUUCAGACGAACUAUAAAUGACUAUUCUUGUUUCUACAACCCCGGUAUUAAAUAUCAUAUAAACAUAGAUGGCAAAUAUUAUCCAAGAGAAGAAUAUUCUACAGUUGAGGAUAUGAGGUCAUACAACUUGACAUUAGAUGCUAUGAACUUUAACAACAACUUCACAACAACCAUUAACCCUGAAAUGCAAAGUUCUAUUAUGCCAUAUGUGAAAGUAUGGACUCAUACAGGAGGUCAAAAAACUCAAUAUACAAAUGGAGACCGUUCAAACUUUUGGCUUGGCAUUCCAUUUGCUGACUCAGAAGACUUUAUGGGUGGUAUUUCAACUGUUGGUACUGUACAAAUACAAUAUACUGGUGACAGAGACGGUCCAGAUGAAUUGAAAGCAAAGAAGUUUACAAAACCAAUAGCACUUUUUCACGGAGAUGCUCUUUUGAAGAUUC